CCGCGCGCCCUUCCCGGAGCGUUAACUGUUCCUCCCCGCACCGGAAGCGCGUUCCUUUUUCCUUCCACGUCGCUGGGGAAAGGGCUUUUAAUCGCGAGAGUUCCGUUUUCUUGAGAGCGCCUCCGCCGGCGCCUAGAUCGCGCGAGACCGCGGAAGGAACCGAAGCGUGUGGCGCGCGCGGCGGCCGCGACGGGCACAAGAUGGCGACGGCGACCAUAGCGCUACAGGUCAAUGGCCAGCAAGGAGGGGGGUCCGAGCCGGCGGCGGCGGCAGUGGUGGCAGCGGGAGACAAAUGGAAACCUCCACAGGGGACAGACUCCAUCAAGAUGGAGAACGGGCAGGGCACAGCCGCGAAGCUGGGACUGCCUCCCUUGACGCCCGAGCAGCAGGAGGCCCUCCAGAAGGCCAAGAAGUACGCCAUGGAGCAGAGCAUCAAGAGCGUGCUGGUGAAGCAGACCAUCGCCCACCAGCAGCAGCAGCUUACCAACCUGCAGAUGGCAGCAGUGACAAUGGGCUUUGGAGAUCCUCUCUCACCUUUGCAAUCGAUGGCGGCUCAGCGGCAGCGGGCACUGGCCAUCAUGUGCCGGGUCUACGUGGGCUCCAUCUACUAUGAGCUGGGGGAGGACACCAUCCGCCAGGCAUUCGCCCCCUUUGGGCCCAUCAAGAGCAUCGACAUGUCCUGGGACUCUGUCACCAUGAAGCACAAGGGCUUUGCGUUUGUGGAGUAUGAGGUCCCAGAAGCCGCCCAGCUGGCCUUGGAGCAGAUGAAUUCCGUGAUGCUGGGAGGCAGGAACAUCAAGGUGGGCAGACCCAGCAACAUAGGGCAGGCUCAGCCCAUCAUAGACCAGCUGGCCGAGGAGGCGCGAGCCUUCAACCGCAUCUACGUGGCUUCCGUGCACCAGGACCUCUCGGAUGAUGACAUCAAGAGCGUGUUUGAGGCCUUUGGCAAGAUCAAAUCCUGCACACUGGCUCGGGACCCCACGACUGGCAAGCACAAGGGCUAUGGCUUCAUUGAAUAUGAGAAAGCCCAAUCGUCCCAGGAUGCCGUGUCUUCCAUGAACCUUUUUGACCUGGGGGGCCAGUACUUGCGGGUGGGCAAGGCUGUCACACCCCCCAUGCCCCUGCUUACACCGGCCACACCUGGAGGCCUCCCGCCGGCUGCUGCCGUGGCCGCAGCUGCAGCCACAGCCAAGAUUACAGCUCAGGAAGCAGUGGCUGGAGCAGCGGUACUGGGUACUCUAGCCACUCCUGGACUGGUGUCCCCUGCACUGACUCUGGCCCAGCCCCUGGGGGCUCUACCCCAGGCCGUCAUGGCUGCCCAGGCCCCAGGAGUCAUCACAGGUGUGACCCCGGCCCGGCCUCCCAUUCCGGUCACCAUCCCCUCUGUGGGUGUGGUGAAUCCCAUCCUGGCCAGCCCUCCAACGCUUGGUCUCCUGGAGCCCAAGAAGGAGAAGGAGGAGGAGGAGCUGUUUCCUGAGUCGGAGCGACCAGAGAUGCUGAGUGAGCAGGAGCACAUGAGCAUCUCAGGAAGUAGCGCCCGCCACAUGGUGAUGCAAAAGCUCCUCCGCAAGCAGGAGCUGUCCCCCCCACAGUCCACAGUGAUGGUUCUGCGCAACAUGGUGGACCCCAAGGACAUCGACGAUGACCUGGAAGGGGAGGUGACCGAGGAGUGUGGCAAGUUCGGUGCUGUCAACCGUGUCAUCAUCUACCAAGAGAAGCAGGGCGAGGAGGAGGACGCGGAGAUCAUUGUCAAGAUUUUUGUGGAGUUUUCCGUAGCCUCUGAGACUCACAAGGCCAUCCAGGCCCUCAAUGGGCGCUGGUUUGCUGGCCGCAAGGUGGUGGCUGAAGUGUAUGACCAGGAGCGUUUUGAUAACAGUGACCUCUCUGCAUGACCUCGGCCCCAUUCCCUGGACUCGCACUUUUUCCUUGUUUCCUCUGGGUUUUAUAGAGUGAUUCAAUGGUAUCUCGGGCCCGGCUGCCCAGCCUGUGGAUAAAGGUGCAGGUGCUGCUGGCCCUGACCGUCCCUGACUGACA